UUUGAGUGAAUCAUAGAAAUUCAGUACAGUUUUAUUUGCUUUAAAUUCAUAUUCAAACGUUUAAAAAAGUUAUAACUUUCAAGUAAUUAAUAAUGCCGUACGCACGUAAGAAAAUGCACGAUGGUGAUACACAUUUGCGCCGUCGAUGGAGACUUCGGAACCGCAAAAAGGAUUUAGACGAAAUUGAUGCCGAUCUAAAAAAGAACUCAGAGCAGCUAUUGAAUCAGGAAGUGGAUCUUGACAAGCCAGGCUUUGCACAGUUUUAUUGUAUUCAUUGUGCCACUUACUACAUUAAUGAUCGAGCUCUACAAGAUCAUUUCCGGACCAAAGUUCACAAGCGGCGUCUAAAGGCUUUGGAAGCAGAACCGUACACAUUGGAGGAUUCAUUGCGAGCUGCAGGUCAAGGAAGUUUCGUUCAGCCUAAGAAGCGCAAAAUUGAAACACAACCAUCAAAACAGGAACAAGCCUGCGGUAAACGGGUCAAACUGGAGGAAUUGAUCGAAGUAGAAAAAGCGCCCAAGCAAAACUUAUCGAAAGCACCCAAAUAUGAUGGUCAAUUUAAAAAUAUUAUGGAAGGCUUGAUGUCUUCGUCGUCAUAAAAAUAUAGCUGUUUAAAUUAUUUUAAAGUUCUGUAUAUUACAAAACAAUUGCAAACACAAUGGAAGGAAACGUAUUUCAUUUACACUGCUAAGCUCUGCUCGAUUUCGAUUGAUUAGUUAUGUUAUUUUUGGAUGAAUUUCUAAUUGUAUACCACUAAGCGAAACAGUACGAAACAAUCCCAUCUUAAACAAUCAUUAUAUGUCGUAUUUAAAUCAGCUAAAGUUUUUCCA